UUUCCUUUUUUUUUUCCUAACCGAGAAAGGGAAGAAGUUUUAGUGGUUUUCAGAUAACUUUCAUUACACAUCGAGCUGAUAAGAGCAAGAGAAAGUGAGAAAAGAGGGAGGUGAUGUGAACCAGAAGGACUAGAUCGGAGCCACACUUAGGAAGGGGGGGGAAAGGUCCAAACACACACCAAACCCUGAUUUCGCCCCCCCCCCCCCCCACCUCCUUGGACGAGAGGAGACUUCAUUUCGGGUCCUAAAAAUCCACCGUUGGCGGACAAUAAAUCCGAACGCGUGGUCGACCGAGAGAGAGAGAGAGAGAGAGAAAGAGCAUCCCCCAGGCGGACCAAGUUACCCCCGACCCAUUCGGAACCCAGGAGGCGAAUAUUUUAAUCUCGAAACGUUUGUUCCUCGAUCGUUGGAAGGAUUUUUCUUGCCCGGGAGCCCAGGGUUUUAGAAAACCAUUAUCCUGUGAUUGGCUAUUUUUUUUUCUUUUUAUUAUUAUCAUUCUUUAUGGCCGGGAGUUGAAUCCUUAGCGAUAUUAAGGUCUUGGAUGAGUUUUGCAAUGUGAAAUUCUGCUUAGAUGCCAGUCAACCAGAUGUAGGCAGCUGGCUCAAGUACAUCAAGUUUGCUGGGUGCUAUGAUCGACACAAUCUUGUGGCGUGCCAGAUAAAUGACCAGAUAUUCUACAGAGUGGUAGCAGACAUUGUGCCAGGGGAGGAGCUCUUACUGUUCAUGAAGAGUGAAGAAUAUUCACAUGAAGCAAUGGCUCCUGAUAUUCAUGAAGAACGCCAGUAUCGCUGUGAGGAUUGUGAUCAGCUGUUUGAAUCUAAAGCUGAACUAGUGGAUCACCAGAAAUUUCCAUGCAGCACGCCACACUCAGCAUUUUCCAUGGUAGAAGAGGAUUUUCAGCAAAAACUCGAAAGUGAGAACGAUCUCCGGGAGAUGCAUGAAAUCCAGGAAUGUAAAGAGUGUGAUCAAGUCUUUCCAGAUUUACCAAGCUUGGAGAAACACAUGCUGUCACAUUCCGAAGAGAGAGAAUACAAGUGUGAUCAGUGUCCCAAAGCUUUUAACUGGAAGUCCAACUUAAUUCGUCACCAGAUGUCACAUGACAGUGGAAAGCACUACGAAUGUGAAAACUGUGCCAAGCAGGUUUUCACGGAUCCUAGCAACCUGCAGAGGCACAUUCGCUCCCAGCAUGUUGGGGCUCGGGCUCAUGCUUGCCCCGAGUGUGGCAAAACUUUUGCCACUUCAUCAGGCCUCAAACAACACAAGCACAUCCACAGCAGUGUCAAGCCUUUUAUCUGUGAGGUCUGCCAUAAAUCCUAUACUCAGUUUUCAAACCUUUGUCGUCAUAAGCGCAUGCAUGCUGAUUGCAGAACCCAAAUCAAGUGCAAAGACUGUGGACAAAUGUUCAGCACUACGUCUUCCUUAAAUAAACACAGGAGGUUUUGUGAGGGCAAGAACCAUUUUGCGGCAGGUGGAUUUUUUGGCCAAGGCAUUUCACUUCCUGGAACCCCAGCUAUGGAUAAAACUUCCAUGGUUAAUAUGAAUCAUGCCAAUCCGGGCCUUGCUGACUAUUUUGGUGCCAAUAGGCAUCCUGCUGGUCUUACCUUUCCAACAGCUCCUGGAUUCUCUUUUAGCUUUCCCGGUCUGUUUCCUUCCGGCUUGUACCACAGGCCACCUUUGAUACCUGCUAGUUCUCCUGUUAAAGGACUACCGAGUACUGAACAGACAAACAAAAGUCAAAGUCCCCUCAUGACACAUCCUCAAAUACUGCCAGCUACCCAGGAUAUUUUGAAGGCACUAAAUAAGCACCCACCUGUAGGGGAAAAUAAGCCAGUGGAGCUUCAACCUGAGCGGUCCUCUGAAGAGAGGCCCCUUGAAAAAAUCAGUGACCAGUCAGAGAGUAGUGACCUUGACGAUGUCAGUACCCCAAGUGGCAGUGACCUGGAAACCACCUCUGGCUCUGAUCUGGAAAGUGACAUUGAAAGUGAUAAAGAGAAAUUUAAAGAAAAUGGUAAAAUGUUCAAAGACAAAGUAAACUCUCUUCAGAAUUUGGCUUCAAUAAAUAAUAAGAAAGAAUACAACAAUCAUUCCAUUUUCUCACCAUCUUUAGAGGAACAAACUGCGGUGUCAGGAGCGGUGAAUGAUUCUAUAAAGGCUAUUGCUUCUAUUGCUGAAAAAUACUUUGGGUCAACAGGACUGGUGGGGCUGCAAGACAAAAAAGUUGGAGCUUUACCUUACCCUUCCAUGUUUCCCCUCCCAUUUUUUCCAGCAUUCUCUCAAUCAAUGUACCCAUUUCCUGAUAGAGACUUGAGACCGUUACCUUUGAAAAUGGAACCCCAAUCACCAAGUGAAGUCAAGAAAAUCCAGAAGGGAAGCUCUGAGUCUCCCUUUGACCUCACCACUAAACGAAAGGAGGAGAAGCCAAUUCCUCCCGCGGCCUCAAAAUCCGCGGCUCCUCCUGGCACGAGCCAAGACCAGCCCCUAGAUCUCAGCAUGGGCAGCCGAAGCCGAGCCAGUGGUACAAAACAGGCUGAGCCUCGGAAGAAUCACGUUUUUGGUGAAAAGAAAGGAGGCGAUCUUGAACAAAGGAAAGCGUCUGAUGCCUCCCUGCAGCAUGCCAGACCCACUCCUUUCUUUAUGGACCCUAUUUACAGGGUGGAGAAAAGAAAGCUAACCGACCCACUUGAAGCUUUAAAAGAAAAAUACUUGAGACCUUCGCCAGGAUUCUUGUUUCACCCACAAUUCCAAAUGCCUGAUCAGAGAACUUGGAUGUCAGCUAUUGAAAACAUGGCAGAAAAACUCGAGAGCUUUAGUGCCCUGAAACCAGAAGCCAAUGAACUUAUUCAGUCUGUUCCUUCCAUGUUCAACUUCAGAGCUCCUCCUAAUGCCCUCCCAGAGAAUCUCCUGAGAAAGGGCAAGGAACGUUAUACUUGCAGAUACUGCGGCAAGAUUUUUCCAAGAUCUGCAAACCUAACACGCCAUUUGAGAACACAUACAGGGGAACAGCCUUAUAGAUGCAAGUACUGUGACAGAUCGUUUAGCAUAUCUUCCAACCUGCAGCGGCACGUUCGUAACAUCCACAAUAAAGAAAAGCCCUUCAAGUGUCACUUAUGUGACAGGUGUUUUGGUCAACAAACCAACCUAGACAGACAUCUGAAAAAACAUGAAAAUGGGAAUAUGUCUGGUACUGCCACAUCAUCCCCGCAUUCUGAACUGGAAAGCACAGGUGCAAUCCUGGAUGACAAAGAGGAUUCUUAUUUCACAGAAAUUCGGAAUUUCAUUGGUAACAGUAACCACGGUAAUCAAUCACCCAGGAAAACAGAUGAGAGAAUGAACGGUAGCCAUUUUAAGGAUGACAAAGUUUUGGUGGCCAGUCAAAAUUCCGACCUUCUGGACGAUGAAGAAGUUGAAGAUGAGGUGAUGUUGGAUGAAGAAGAUGAAGAAAGUGAUGUUACAGGAAAACCCGCCAAGGAGCCGGUCAUAAGUAAUAUACAUGAAGGGAACCAUGAGGAUGACUAUGAAGAAACAAGUGCUCUGGAAAUGAACUGCAAGAUCUCCCCUGGCAGGUAUAAAGAGGAGGAGUAUAAAACUGGACUUUCUGCUUUGGACCAUAUAAGGCACUUCACAGAUAGCCUCAAAAUGAGGAAAAUGGAAGAGAAUCAAUAUAACGAAGCUGAACUGGCUUCUUUUAGUACGUCCCACCUGCCGGAGGACCUAAAACAGCCGUUAUUCAGAAAGUCCAAGUCACAGGCCUACGCUAUGAUGUUGUCACUCUCUGACAAGGACUCCCUCCAUUCGACAUCUCACAAUUCUCCCAAUACGUGGCACAGUAUGGCAAGAGCUGCUGCAGAAUCCAGCGCUAUCCAGUCCAUUAGCCAUGUAUGACACUGUCAAGUCUGAUCAAAAUGGGACCAAGUCCACCAGUAGCAUGGCUCUUUCCUAUAUGACUGACUAUUUAAAAGACUGCUGAGCAGGAUGCCUUAUAAAUCUGCAGGGUCACUAAUUUAAAGUCUGGUGACCUUAAACUGAAUAAUUUUAAAGAAAAAAGAAAGAAAAAGAAAAAAACUAUUUAUUCUCAAUAUUUUGUUUUGCACAGCAAAGGCAGCUGCUGACUUCUGGAGGAUCAAUACAACAUAAAAAAAAAAAAAUUAAAGAUUCAAUGAAACUGAAAACCUUGGGGGAAGAUACCUCCCUGUUCAUCCAGCUUUGGGAUGAUGGGAGGGUGGGGUGGUGGAGGGAGGGAGUUGAAAAGGUGACACUGAUGCAUUUGUGAGCACUCCUUUAAAUUAAAGAAAUGGAAUCUUUUUUUUUCUACAAGAUCAUUUGACACAUGAUUGGGAACAGUUGCUUUUAUCUACCGUUCUUUUCUUUUGUUCAAGCGUUAUGUAUUUUAACCCUUUGAAGACUGAAGUAGUUAUAUGACAUGCACACUAUCGAUUAUUGUAGAAACUGAUAACAGGGAGUAUUGAGUAUUUUGUUUUGUUUUACUUAACCCUUGCCUUCUUAACUGCAUUGUUAAAAAAAGAGAAAAAAAAUACAUGAAAGGUAUGUGUAUAUUGUAAACUAUGGAUGUUCGAUGCUCAAAGAGGUUAAGUCAGUGAAAUCAUUCUGUUCAUCAUCAGUACCACUGUGCCACUACUAAAAAUGUUUGUCCGAUCAUCGUAAUACAUUUUAAUUUUAGACAAUCAUGUCGCUUUUAAAAGAAGAAAAACCUUUCUGUGUUGUGUGUGUGUAUACCACGUAUUUAUUUGUUGGCAAACUGUUGUUUGUUGAUUAAAAUAGCACUGUUCCAGUCCGCCACUACUUUAUGAUGCCAAGGCACACCCCACGUACUGUCCGUCAAGGAGCGAGGACAACUGUCCUUCAAGGAGCAAGGAGAACCGUCCUGUGAGCAUGGGAGUGCCAGACAGUGUUUGAGUUUUCUUACAUUCCUUUUGUUUUAGUUUCCUUUUAAUGAACUAAAUAACGAAUAGAUGCGACUUAGUUUUUUGUAAUACGGUAAAUUGUUUCAAUUGUAUAAACAGUUAUAAUUUCUUCAUGAAAGCAUGAUUCUUCUGAUUAAGACUGUACCCGAUAUUUUAUGCUGGUUGUCUGCAAGCUUGUGUGAUGUUACGUUCAUGUUAAUCCUAUUUGUAAGAUGAAGUGUUCCAGACUUAUGUUAAAAGAAAUAAAUAAAUAACAAACUGUAUUCAGUUAUUUUGCCCUUCAUUGAGGGACCAGAUUUGUUUUCUUUUUGUUUAUAAUCUCAUUUUGAAAUAAUUGGCAGGUUGAGGUACUUUCUUCAAAUGCUUUGUACAAUGUAACUGUUAUGCAUUUCAGUACAUUACUAUGGGAGGAGCAACUAAAAAAAGAAUAAAGGAUUACAAAAACAAAGAA